GCGCGGCAACUCCUGCAGGGCCAAUUGGCAGCCCUGCGGGGCGAGGUUGCAGAGAAGCAGGUGCAAAUUGAGCAGAGCGCCAGAGAGAACAAGACCUUGACCUUACAGCAGAAGCAGAUGCUGUUACAGCAGCAGCAGUUGCAAAACCAAUUGGUUCUCCGGCAGCACGAGAUCGCAAUGCUGAAGGACAGGCUGAAGGGCCAGGCAUGGGAUGAAGAGCCCGAACCUGACCAGGCCGAACAUGACCUUUGA